CAAUUCACUCUACACAGCAAAAUUUCCAGUGUUGUUUGGAGUUGUUUUUACAGUGUAAAUUUUUUUGAGUUAAAAAGUGUUAUUUGUGGUGUUAAUUUACGUGACAUAAACACCUGCAGUGUACCCUUGUGGUCAGAGUAAGGGUUAAUACUGCGAGUUAACAUAGUUAACACUAUAAACAAGUUGUUUCCAUUUCCGGUCGCUUCACCUUACUUCCUCUUUGAUUAAUGGCGGAUGGCACAUGGAGAACAUUCAAACAGACAUCUGGAGCCACGAGACAAGCUGCUUUAGCGGGAAAACAAAGCUUCCAUCAUGUUGGUGAAAGUGAAAAGCAAAUUUGGAUUAUCAACAACUGCAGAUCCUCAAGUUUUCAAUAAAACGGACCCUAAUGUAGAAGAGGAGAUCUUCCACGAGUUAAUGGACAGCAGUCUACAUUUAUGCUUGACUGUUAGAUGUUUGGAAGAAAAUAUUUCUGCUGGCCUGCCUGAGGUGAUUUCACCCACAAGAUCAUCAACAGCCAGCACAUGUACUGAUACAGUUUCACUCUCUUCAAUGGAUCAUGAAGACCCAGAGCGAAAUAUGCAGAAUCAAUUGACAAGGACUAACAGCUGCUUGAUAGUAGAUGGUAAAGGGCAAAACAGAUUGUUCAAGAUGCAUUGGGAAAGCAAUCUGGUGGUGAUGAAGUACUUGACGAAUACAAGGUCACAAAAACUUAAGGGCCACAGCACUAGAUGGCAGCUGGUUAAUAUUGUCGUCAGUCACAUGAAAGAGAUUCAUGGGAGAAUCCCCACGUGCAAGCAACGGGAGACUUAUGCUUUGGGCAUUAUUUCUCUUUUUCCCAGCCUGAGAGACCCGUUUUCCGCAAAAGGCUAUAUUAUUCAAGACUUUAGUCUCCUGUUCAAUGCUGAAACAUCCAACAAGUUGCUUGAGAGGUGGGAGACCGCAUUUAAGCACAGGAUCAUCAAUGAGGCGAAAUCUCUGACUUCAACUGCCAGACUUCAUUGUCUUAUUAAUUCAGCAGAAGGACAAGAAUCUGAAAAUAACUGGGAUAAUGAUGUCAUCUGUCCUACUCCUUCUGCAUCUCCUACCUCCUUCAGAGAGAAAGAAGACUUAAGAUCAGUUCAACAGAGGCCUUUGAAAGACUUGUGCAUUUCCAUAAGUCUUGCACCAGCAUUGAAGACCAUCUCAGUGAGAGGAAGGGCCACCAGCCAUGUCGCCUAAGAUCAGGAAGGAUCAAGGGGAGGAUUGACCAUUUCUAUGUGGUUAUGGACAAACAUCUCAUCUCUUGUGCAGCAACCAGGUCCUUGAGUGCUGUUGAUGAACUCUUUAAAGACUAUGUGUUCAACUUGACGUACGAGGAAGCCCUUGUCUACAUCUUUACCUUUCUGCAGACUACAGUCUACAACAUCGAUGUUGGACCUACCAGUGAGUCACCCAGGGUAAAGAAACUGCGUGCAAAGCUUUUACACUAAAUGUUUCUUUUACAAUAAUGUGUUGGUGUUGUCAAAGCUUGCAAGCAAACAGCACCUCUUUAAGACUCUCACAGUUUUUGAUACUGAAAAUGCUGUACAUUUUAUGUUGGUUUAACUGUGCGUUUAAGAUGCAUUGUUAAAAAUAAAAGUUUAAACUGGUAAA